UAUAACCUUAACUAAGGAACCACUAAGACUAUAAUAUCGUGAAAUAGAGUUAUGACUGUUGAUAUCCUUUGGAGGAGUAUUCCUAUUAAUGAAGUCGAGUUGAGUUUGGCCAAAGUUUUACGAUGUGGACAGACCUUCCGAUGGAAAAAUAUCAAUAAUAUAUGGUCAUUUGCCUUACAAGAUCGGAUAGUUUUACUUAAACAACAAGAACAAAGUAUAGAAUAUUCACAUAUAAUGCAAGAAGAUUUGGAAGGGAAGAAACCUAGUCAUGUAUUGGAAAAGGAAACUUAUACUUUUAUUCAUGAUUAUUUUAAUUUAAAUACUAAUCUUGAUAAUUUAUACAAGAGCUGGAUCAAAUUUCAUCAACCAUUCAACAAGAAGAAUUCCAAGAUAAGUCCAUUUACUGAAUUCCAGGGAAUUAGAAUUAUUAGACAAGAUCCUUGGGAAUGUCUUAUUAGUUUUAUCUGUUCAUCAAACAAUAAUGUUAAGAGAAUAUCUAAGAUGUGUGAUAAUCUCUGUACUCACUUUGGAGACUAUAUCAAUGAAUAUAAUGGAAUAAAGUACUAUUCAUUUCCUACAGCUGAAAAGCUUGCAUCAUUGCCUAAUGUGGAACAACUGCUUCGAACUUUAGGAUUUGGUUAUCGAGCCAAAUAUAUCUAUGAUACAGCUAAGAAGUUAACCGAUAAUGAUAAGUUUCCAGGUAUUACUAUUGAGAAAUUGAAUGAUUUACGUAAUCAAGACUAUGAGACGAGUCAUAAUUUCUUAUUACAAUUGACCGGAGUUGGUCCUAAGGUAGCAGAUUGUAUCUGUUUGAUGGCAUUAGAUAAGCAUGAUGUUGUUCCAGUAGAUACUCAUGUAUAUCAGAUAGCCGUUAGAGAUUAUAAAUUUAAAGGUAAGAAAGAUAUGAAAACCAUGAAUAAGGCAACCUAUGUUGCCAUAGGAGAGUUUUUCAAGGAAUUGUAUGGGCCCUAUGCUGGUUGGGCUCAGUCGGUGUUAUUUGCAUCUGAUCUCACUGACUUAAAAAAUGGAACCAAUAUAUUAGAUCAAGAGUUAUCUUCCACAAUAGUUAAAGAAGAAAGUCCAAAAAAGAGGGUUAAACUAGAGGCGUAGAUCGUAUACUAGUUAUUAAUUUUUAUAUAGUCAAUAUAGAUCAUUAACUAAAGUGGUCCCAAUGUCUUAUUAUGCAUGCCUUAUUUGUAUUGCAGCUGUUCUUGAUUUCUGCCGUGUAGCUUUUUUGCCGGUGCAUCUUUUUUUUUUUUGAGCCUACUUUUUGCAUCCUUACUUAAUUAUAGUUAA